AUGGUGGCACGGAACGAAGGAGAGCGCCUCUACCGCGGACUGCGCGAAGCCGUGACUGAGCACCUUACCAACAAGGUACGCGCCCUCGUGUUGGCUACAGUAGACGAAAGCUUCUUGCAGACGUUGAAUCAUGCCUGGGAAGACCACCAGAGGAGCAUGAGGAUGAUCAGCGACAUUGUUGCGCGAUGCGCCGACAAGCGGGACCGCCUCCGCGAAGCCAUGCUCGGCUUGGUGAAGACGGAACGCGAAGGCGAAUCGGUCGACAGGGCUUCGUUGAAGAAGGCGUGCGAAAUGCUCAUAGUGUUGGGACUCGACUCGAGGUCUGUCUACGAGGAAGACUUCGAGGUGCCUUUCCUCGCUGAGUCGGCCCAAUUCUAUGCCUUCCUGGGACAACAAUACAUCAACACUAAGGACGCUUUUGAGUACAUUGCCCUAGUUGAACAACACAUCAACGAAGAGUCCGAGCGGUCGAAGCAGUGCCUGGAUGAUUCCACCGUGGUUCCAGUCGUGCAGGUGGUACAGAAGGAGCUCAUCGGAAAACACAUGAAGACCACUGUAGACAUGGAGGACUCGGGCGUCCAGCAUAUUCUCAACAGCAGUAUGACUGAGGACCUGACUAGUCUAUUUCGGUUCUUCAAGUGCGUGCAAGGCGGCGUCAAAACCUUGCUCGACUGUGUCAGCAAGCACCUGCGAAAUCUAGGAAGAUCUAUCGUGAAUGAGCACGGGGACUCGGUGAGCCUCAUACCGGAAAUGAUGGACCUGAGAGACCGUUUCGACUACUUUAUCCAGCACUCCUUCGACGAUGAUGAAGACGCCAAGAAGGCAAUCGCUACCGACCUUCAGUACCUACUUGGUUUGACAAAGAAAUCACCCGAGCACCUGGCUUCAGGCCAGGGAGCGUCAUCGGCUUGUGCACCGAGCGCUUCGUCCCACGGCACCGCUCCGUUGGCCUCGCCUGAGCCAGCCCUGUUCCCGAGAAAUGCUGGCCAGCUCAAGAACCUACCUGCGACGCACAGUUCGUUGAACUGCGAGCCUCCCAGCCUCAACGCCAACGCCAACUCGCGUUCCGCACAAGAGAAAGACGGCGUCACCGGCUCGGACGCCGACGUUAACGCCGCUGCAGUGUCCCCGACAACUUCUCGCCUCAUCGUGCAUCGGCACAGAACGCCGUAA